GCGACCGGGAGGACGCUUCGUCUUGGCGGUACUUACUUAUAAGCGCAUUCAGACGGUCCGUUUGUGAUUGCGUUCCAGGGUUGUUGUAGGGGAAUACAGUCGAUCAACUUUAAAGACCUACACACGUGGAAAAUAUUCGGAUAUUGAAUAAAAGGCGGGCUGCAGGCUAGUGACAGCAGCAUGGUGGAGCCAGAGGAGAGGCCCUCGGGGGCAGGCCAGAGACUGGGAGCUCCUGAGAGUCUCGGCAUAAGCACACUGGAGCCUGGACACCGGCCUCCCAGCAUGCCCCCCGGCCGACAGGUGUCCAUCAGGGUCCAGAUGCUGGAUGACACCCAGGAGGUCUUUGAGGUGUCGCAAAGAGCUCCAGGAAAGCUUCUGUUUGACCUGAUCUGUAGCCACCUCAACUUGAUUGAGGGCGACUACUUUGGCUUGGAGUAUCAGGACCACCGCAAAAUGACAGUGUGGCUGGACUUACUCAAGCCCAUUAUGAAGCAAAUCAGGCGUCCCAAAAAUACAAUCUUGCGAUUUGUGGUGAAGUUUUUCCCUCCUGACCACACUCAGCUGCUUGAGGAGUUGACUAGGUACCUCUUUGCCUUACAGAUCAAGCAUGACCUAGCAUGUGGGCGUCUAACCUGCAAUGACAGCAGUGCUGCCUUGCUGGUGUCUCACAUCGUUCAGUCUGAGAUUGGGGACUUUGAUGAGGUACAGUGUCGACAGCACCUCCUCAACAACAAGUACAUUCCUGACCAGGAUGCCUUGAUGGAUAAGAUCACAGAAUACCAUCGCAAGCAUGUUGGGCAGACACCAGCUGAGUCAGACUACCAGCUUCUAGAGAUCGGCCGCAGGCUGGAGAUGUAUGGCAUCCGCCUUCAUCCUGCCAAAGACCGAGAGGGCACCAAACUGAGUCUGGCAGUGGCACACACUGGUGUUCUGGUCUUUCAGGGUCACACGAAGAUUAAUGCUUUCAACUGGUCUAAAGUGCGCAAGCUUAGCUUCAAGAGGAAGCGUUUUCUCAUCAAACUGAGGCCAGACCUCAAUCAGAGUAACUACCAGGACACACUUGAGUUCAUGAUGGCCAGCCGGGACUGCUGUAAGGUGUUCUGGAAGAUUUGCGUGGAGUAUCAUGCGUUCUUCCGGCUCUUUGAGGAACCCAAACCGAAGCCCAAACCGGUCCUCUUCACCAGGGGAUCUUCUUUCAGAUUCAGUGGCCGCACACAGAGGCAGGUGAUUGAUUACGUGAAGGACUCAGAAUUCAAAAAGAUUCCCUUUGAAAGGAAGCACAGUAAAAUUCAGUCCAACAGCGGCUUUUCUCCAAUGUCUUCCCAUCUGAGUUCCGAAAUGCCAAAAGAAAAAUUUGGUGGCGCUUCAUUAGAACAGACGGACACUCUCCUUCAACGAACACAGGUGACUGUGGAGAACCCAGCUCUCCAGGGUAGCCUGGCUUCACAGCCAAACGGACACCGUGACAGAACUUCAGACGAGGGAGCAGCUCUGUCACGGCCAUCUCCUUCCAGACAGCACCAGCAGAAACCUGAGCAUCCGAAUGCAGGUCCAGCAUUACGGGCUGCCAAGGAUCCAGUGACGAGCAGUCCACAGCUCGGUGAAUCUCCGUCCGUCUCCAGGGUGAUGGUGAACGGUCAGAAGCACAGUCUAGGCCCCGGACAGAGUCCCGAUGCCAGGCAACCUUCCCCUCUCACCAGCCCUCUGCUGACCGAGGCAGGCUUCGUCCGGAUGGACGAUGAGGAUGAGGUUCGGAGGAAGAGGUUUCCCAUUGACAAGGCUUACUUCAUUGCCAAAGAACUGCUGACUACAGAACGGACAUAUCUGAAAGACCUGGAGGUCAUCACUGUGUCCUUCCAGAAAUCAGUGGGCAGAGAUGAAGCUUUGCCAGACACCCUGAAGAACAUCAUAUUUGCCAACUUUGAGCCUGUCUACAAGUUCCAUGAUAGUUUCCUGAAGGAGGUGGAACAGCGACUAGCACAGUGGGAAGGCCGAUCCAACGCCCACAUUAAAGGUGACUACCAGCGUGUUGGAGAUGUAAUGCUGAAGAAUAUUCAGGGUGUAAAGCUGCUGACACCCCACUUGCAGAGGCACUCGGAGGCUCUUGUGGAGCUAGAGAGGGCAUGCAGAGCCUCGCGGAGGCUGGAAGGUCUGUGUCGCGACUUUGAGCAGCAGAAAGUCUGCUACCUACCACUCAACAUCUUUUUCUUGCGGCCAUUGCACCGUCUCCUACACUACAAGCAGAUCCUGGAGCGUCUUUGUAAACACUACCCGCCCACGCACGAUGAUUUCAGGGACUCUCGUGCUGCUCUUGCUGAUAUAACUGAGAUGUUGGAUCAGCUUCAAGGUACUUUAAUAAAGAUGGAGAACUUCCAGAAACUUCUUGAGCUGAAGAAAGACAUCGUCGGUAUUGACAAUCUUGCCAUCCCUGGGAGGGAGUUUAUCAGACUUGGUUGCCUUAGCAAGCUCUCUGGAAAAGGUCUGCAGCAAAGAAUGUUCUUCCUGUUUAAUGAUGUCCUGAUGUACACAAGUCGUGGGAUGACAUCGUCCAAUCAGUUUAAAGUUCAUGGUCAGCUACCCCUCUAUGGCAUGACGAUCAAAGAGAGCGAGGAUGAAUGGGGAGUCCCUCACUCUUUCACCCUGUCCGGACAGCGCCAGUCUGUGGUGGUAGCAGCCAGCUCAGCAUCAGAAAUGGAGAAGUGGAUUGAGGAUAUUCGGAUGGCCAUCGAGUUGGCGGACAAGUGCAACGGUCCUUCACCUGAAGCUCUAGGAAGCAGUCUACCCGACAGCAAAUCCCCAGAAGAGUCAGGAGCAGACCAGGAAUCAGAGGAUGAUCUGAGUGCCUCACGCACCUCUCUGGAGCGACAGAUGCCUCAUCGUGCAAACAGCACAGUUCAUGUCUGCUGGCACCGUAACACCAGUGUUUCCAUGGUGGACUUUAGUGUUGCCGUAGAGAAUCAGUUGUCUGGGAAUCUGCUGAGAAAAUUCAAGAAUAGUAACGGCUGGCAGAAGCUUUGGGUAGUCUUCACCAAUUUCAGUCUGUUUUUCUAUAAGACACACCAGGAUGACUACCCUCUGGCCAGUCUUCCACUCCUGGGCUAUUCCAUCACAAUCCCCUCUGAGUCAGAAAACAUCCACAAAGAAUAUGUCUUCAAACUCCACUUUAAAUCCCAUGUCUACUACUUCAGAUCAGAGAGCGAAUACACCUUUGAGAGGUGGAUGGAGGUGAUUAGGAGUGCUACAUGCUCUGCCAGCCAUGCCCGUGCUCUUAACCAGAAAAAGCCCCAUAUCUACUGACCAAAGAAAGACACAGAGGCUAAACAGCCCUUCCAGCUCCCACACCCUCACUCUCCAAAACUGUCCUUCUUCAACACAGUCCACACUCAACACGCAAACAUUUUCAACAGGUUACAAGUCAUUAGGGUUUUGCCAUUAAAUGGCUUACUUAGACAGGUUGUUUUUUUUUAUGUAUAAAUCAAGUCAAAGUUCUUCAUAACUAGCUCUAAAUUAAGCACAGAUUAUGUGUAUUAUCCUAAUUCCCAAGCUUAAUACACUGAAAUGGAAUUGUGUGUACAUCUUCAGUACUUUGAAUAUACAUUUACCACAGCGCUUUUCUGUUUAAUUCAGGCAAAUGCAACUAUAAACGAUGGUACCUACAGAACAUGCAAGUUGCAUCACCUUAAGUGUACUGUAAUAUUGAUUCACAAAGAAUGCACAAGAUCCAUCAGAACAUUGCAGCAAUGCAAGUGUUCACAAGAAAAGUGUAGAGGGCAUUUUGUCUCAGAUAGAUUGGGUAUGUGUCACAUGGACAUUAACACUGAAUACACACAGUAUUGGCAGUGUGCUUAAAACACCAUAGCCGUAGCUGUUUAGUGUGGGUCUUAGGAUCUUGCUUUGUUUUGAAAAUAGGGAUAGAAUGGAGUCCUCUUUACAUUCUGAUCACCCCUGUUGACCAGUGUCUAUGCACAACUAGGCUUUUUAAUGAUGUUGUACUAACCAUCUCUGCUGGCCUGAGAGAUAAGAUUCGAAGAUAAGAGUCUGCCUUUUCUUGUAUUUAUAUCAAGCCCUGAAUAGAUUUCUUUUGUAAGACAGUUUUAUACUCUUUUUAAAACUUACUGUGAACCACUUGGUUUACUUUCACCAUUCUGUCAUUGACUUUAAUCUUGUUUGUAGGCUUAUCAAGCUGUUAACUGCUGGAUAACACCAGCAAGAGAAAUUGUAUUAAGGACUCCCUUUUAUUUCAACAGACAAUGGAUGCCUUUUAGACAGACUGCUUGAGUGCCAAACUUACUUUUCCUCUUGAAUGCCUUUAUAUAAUUUUUAACACAUUGUUGAUGUGUUUACAUGGACUGUUUCAGAAAAAAAAAGUUAUUUUUUCCCUCUUUAGAAAUGCCUAUCGAAAAAAACAAAGUGGAUUAAAUGUUGCAGGAAGUGUGUGUAUGAUGUGUGGAUAUGUUCACAAUAAACACAAGAUGGCAGUCAUUAU